GUGUAUGAAGGCGACAGUCUCAGCGGCUCGGGGAUCGGACCUCGGGAUCGGAAUUGCGUCUUGUCGCGACUACGGCAACCGAAGAGCAGAGAAGGUGGCGUCUUGAUUGUUUGAUCUCCGGUCAAUUAGCUUUAUGAUGGUUAAGGUAUCUAACUUGGUCGCCCCAAAAUCCCGAGUGAAGAAGAGUUAUCCAAUUUUCACCCUUCAUAUCCCAUAGACAGACAAGAUUAGGUUUUGGUUGUUCGGUCUUCAGAUCACAGAUCUUAUCUUCUACCUCUUUUCCGCCAUGACGGGAGCAUGGAAUGCGCUGUCACAGUGCCUGCCCACUCUCAACGCCAACAGUGAUGCGUGGUGGCAGCUCACAGGACGUCACUUGGCAGCUAUUGUUGAGGCGGCCGGAUACCCCAUCGAGAAGCAAUACGAGGCACUGCUUUUUCACUAUCACUGGACUUUGCCUUACAUGGGUCAAGCGCCAGGGUCGUGUUCGAGCUCUCCCAAUGCUCUCAAAUGGAAAUCGCUCAUGGCACUGGACGGUACGCCUAUCGAAUACUCGUGGAAAUGGAACAAUGCGUCGCCCAAAUCUAUGCCCAAUGUACGCUAUGUUGUAGAGGCUAUUGGAGAAAACGCAGGGACAGAUUUGGAUCCGCUGAAUCAGCAGGCAACCCGCGAAAUACUGCAUCGUAUGGCAUUUAUGUUGCCAAAAGUCGACAACAACUGGGCCAACCACUUCCUUUCUACCCUGUAUGACCACGAUAAUGCCAAGUUUGCGCGAGAGGCAGUACGUGGCGGCCAUCUGGGAACGAGCGUGCAGCUAGCGGUGGAGUUUGUUGAAACAGGCCCAGCUAUCAAGACGUACUUUUUUCCACGCAAAUUCGGCCAGGCUGGAAUAAUGCCACUUGAGCAGUGGCAGGCGUCAAUCGAUGAGUUGCAAUUGGAACAUAGGACCAGCGCCGGUGCUUCUUCUGGUAGUUUCGAAACACCCGCACGCACUGCACUCGACAACUUUCUUGCUACCAGUCCAGAAGGCAAACAUUUGACGCCUAUCUCUUUGGCAGUUGACAACGUCGCACCCGAAAAGUCGCGCCUGAAGUGGUAUUUUCAUACAGCACGAACAAGCUUCGUGUCAGUGCGCCAUAUUAUGACCCUGGGCGGAAGCAUCACGACACCCAAAAUGGACUCGCUGCUUUCGGAGUUGCACUCGCUCGUGAAAACGGUCAACGGCCUAGCCGAUGACUUCCCUGAAGACAAAGAAGUACCCGCUGGUUCCGAGCUUCAAACGACAUGUAACUUUGGUGAACUGAGCAAGGCGCUCAAGGGAUAUCUGUAUUAUUUCGACAUUGCCCCUGGCAAAGCGGUUCCUGAGAUCAAGCUCUUUGUACCUACAAGAUACUAUGGGCGAGAUGAUCUAGCUCUGGGAUCAGCACUCACGCAGUGGAUGGAGGUGAAUGGCCGGGGAGCGUAUUGCGCAAAGUAUCUUACAAUGUUGGAGAGUUUGGCUGGACAUCGGCGACUAGACGAGGGCAAGGGGUUGCAGACGUACGUUAGCUGUUUGUUCAAGAAAGGUGAGCUUGACAUCACGACAUAUCUGGGGGCCGAGGCGUUCCACAAGGGCCGGCUUCCGUGCAAACGUGAGCAGAAGCGAGGGACUUUGCGACGUGAUGAGUGGUAUUGA